AAUCUUGAACUUUGAAGUUGGGAAAUUAGGAAAACCCACGCAACACCCGACCUAUAAACUCUGAAAUUUGGGGACUCCGUGACUUUCUCUCCUUUUGCCCUAACGUGAUCUGCAAUUUCAUGGAUCGUUUCUGGAAACCGCGGUGGAGCUUCGUCUUCCUUUUGGAGUAAUCGCAGUGCCAUGUUUAUGUUGUCUCCUUUCACAUGGGUCUGUCCCAGACCAGCAAGGGCAUGCCCAACAUAGAAUGCAAAGGAAGAACACAGUGGAUAUAGCAGAAGUCAAAAGGUUGACCAAGGCAGUUUUUCAGGCAUGUUAAGGGGUGAACCCGCCAUUGAAGAUCACUUUCCCUAGAUAUUACCCAUUUCAAUCAAGAAUCAACCAGGGUUCUUUCCCUCUCACCAAGACACCCAAAUCCAAGCAUACGAGGGCACUUGCAGCAUGUAGUCUUCUCCACCAAGAAAUCUUGAGGUUGUUCAAGAUGAUAUAGGCUCGUACAGGUAUGAUAACCAUGGGUGCUUAAAAGCAUAACUUCCCGUGGUGACAUGGAGAGGAAGAUGGCUGCUGACAUGGGAGGCUAAAAGCAUAACUCCCCGUAGUGACAUGGAGAGGAAGAUGGCUGCUGACAUGGGAGGCUGAAGGGGUAAUUCUGGAAAUGAAUUUAUAAACAGUGGAGAGUGCAUAGAAAGGAUAUUUUUUUGGCCAACAGUGGAUAUAUUUUGGAUUACGGAGAGUUGGGUUCCUAAAAAGCUAUUAAGUCCAAAUUGAAAUCUAGAAACUUCUUUUAAUUGAUAACUCUCUUCACCAGUGAUUGCUUUGGCAUUUUUCGAGUAUGUCAUCCUUCAGGAAUGCCAUCAGUAGACGGGCUUACAAGGAAAGAGCUCAGCCGCAUUUGAGGAAAAAGUUUGGGCUCCUUGAGAAACACAAGGACUAUGUUGUGCGCGCACAAGCAUUCCACAAAAAAGAGGAGGCGCUGCAGAAACUCAAAGAGAAGGCAGCAUUCAGGAACCCGGAUGAAUUUUAUUUUAAGAUGAUUAAAACAAGAACUGUUGAUGGAGUCCAUAGACCAGAGAGUCAAGCAAAUAAAUACAGCCCAGAAGAACUCAUGCUAAUGAAGACCCAAGACAUGGGAUAUGUCCUUCAGAAAGUGCAAAGUGAAAAAAAGAAAAUUGAGAAGCUAACUGCUAUGCUGCACUCUCUUGAUAAUCAGCCAACAAACAGACAUGUUUACUAUGCAGAAGACAGGGAAGAGGCCAGAGAAAUACAGGCACAGUCUUCAAGAGGCGGAAAUUUGCCUUCUCUGGAUGAUGUUCCUAAUCAUAUUAAAAGGAAAACUUCUGCUUCCUACAGAGAGCUAGAGACAAGGAAGAAUCGGGUAAAUGACUUGGAGAAACUAUACAUGGAUAUGGCCUUACAAAAGGAGCUGCAGAAAAGGGGUCGAAAACGCAAGCUUCGUGAAGAUGAAAUAGCCUGUCCAACCUCAAAACCAGUGUACAAAUGGAGGGCUGAACGAAAACGGUGAACAGUAAAUGAGGGCUUCACUGAUGAGGACAAGAUCCUGUGUUAGAGGGCAUUCUGUGGUAGAGCUUCCUUUCUCCAGUGCUUGAAACUGAGUAGUUCAAGUAAUCAUUCUACUUAGGAAUGUGAGUUGCAUUUCUAACUAAAAGACAAAAUCCUGAGGAAUGUGAGUCGAGUGAUACUGAUGUCAUUACAUCUAGUUUAUUUCCUAAUAUUAUGAACUCUCAGUUGAAUGGCAUUUGACCCAUAUGAAAUUUUGUUAAAUGCACUUCCCGGCAAUUAUUUAUACGAAUGCGAAGAUCAUCAGUUGAUUUGUUUUUA